GCAAAGCUUCUGUCAAAAAGUACUCCGAUUUGUGACUCACUGCGCAUGCGCAGCGGUGUAGGAAGUGCUCGCAGUCUGAAAACCAGCUGAUAGAUCAACCGAACAACCACCAUACAAAACAACCGCAACUGCCAACAACAGAGGCUGACUGCUGUCUUCACAAAAAAAGGGUCCAGUGCUUAGAAAAAUUGAGUCGUCUAAUUAAGUUGCUGCUUUCAUAGACUACCAGGCAACCAGGGAGGACACCCACCCUUCCUCCAUCAUGAGCACCCGUGAGACCGGCAGGGCCAAUGGGAGCCUACCGCAGACCAAGAUCUGCCAGUUCAAACUGGUGCUGCUGGGAGACAUGGCCGUCGGCAAGUCCAGCUUGGUGCUUCGCUUUGUUAAGGGCCAGUUUGAUGAGUUUCAGGAGACCACAAUUGGAGCUGCAUUCUUGGCACAGUCUGUUUGUCUGGACGACACUACAGUGAAGUUUGAGAUUUGGGACACAGCAGGACAGGAGCGCUACCACAGCUUGGCUCCCAUGUACUACCGCGGAGCCCAGGCGGCCAUUGUAGUGUUUGACAUCACCAAGCCUGAAACAUUUGAGCGAGCAAAGGCUUGGGUGAAAGAGCUGCAGAGGCAGGCCAGUCCCAACAUAGUCAUUGCCCUCGCAGGGAACAAGGCUGACCUAGCAGACAAGAGACUGGUCGAGUAUGAGGAAGCCCAAACAUAUGCUGAAGACACAGGCUUGCUUUUCAUGGAAACCUCUGCCAAGACUGCAAUGAAUGUAAACGAGCUGUUCCUGGCUAUUGCAAAAAAGAUGCCAAAAACAGACACCCAAAACCCCACGCAUGCUGCCCGACACCGGGGAGUAAACCUGCAGGACCCAGAUACACAGUCCACUCGAAGCUGCUGUGGAAACUAAAGGCCCAUCAACACUCCAUCACGGGAAACCACAGACACCUUCUCCUUCCCAAAAUCCCACUCUUCACCCUUUCACCUCCCAAGACAGACACAGAAAGAGAGCGAGAAAGAGAAA